GUGCUCUAGAGUCGACCUCGAGUCCUGCAAGGAGAUCUGCAGACGCCAUGGCUGGGCCGGCUUCACCUACUGGGAAGACAAAGGUUACUCCCUCGCGCAGGAGGCCUACAAGCCACUGCAGCGAGGAGGGCCCGUGCUGAGCUGCGACGACGAGCCCACCAUCGCCGAGCGCUGUGGCCGGAGCCCGGCGCAGGUCUGCCUGCGCUGGAACCUCGAGCAAGGCAAUGCUAUCGUUUUCAAGAGCCUCACUCCCUCCCGGAUCGAGGAGAACGUCGACGUUUUCGACUUCUCCCUUGGUAGCGACGAGGUGGCGGCGCUGGAUACAGUGACCACCCACAAGGUGCGGGCGGAGGCACAGAGCCACUGGCACCUGCGCCGCAGCGGGACGGAUGCGCCCCGGGGUCCCGGUCUGCGGCCCGAGAAACGGACGGUGCAGGAGGCCAGACGCAAAGCUACGUCUCAGCUUGUCCUGCCAGAGCUGCCGGUGGAGUUGCUGGAACAUCUCUCCGGCUUCUUGGAGGUCACAGAUUCUCCACCUCUCUGCGCUCAGUGCCGCAACCUUUCGCAGGUGGGAACGCUCUGA